UAUCCGGAGGAAGGAAGAGAAGAAGAAGUUUAAAGAACAUCAUCAUCUCUCGCUUGCUAUCGAUAAAACGGUUACUCGUAUCAGAUAUCUAACCGAGCCGUCGUCAUCGAGGGAAAAGAAGGUGACUUUCGAAGUGUGGUUGUACGGUAAUAAGAAUCGCGUCGGCAAUCCGUGGAUUCACAUAACUGUGAAUCAACUACCACCGUUACUCGAUGCACCAUUAUCAAGGACUUCCUCUCGUAGAGACCAACAACAAUCGGAACUUUAUCGGAAGCAAAAACCGGAAGCGAACCCAUGAAACUCGCGCAUAUGUAUAUCAUUGCGCAUCCUCCACUUUUGCACUUGUUCCUGUAAUCUUCAACUCUCGAGGAAAGCAUGUCGAAGAAACAAUGGAUGGUUCUGCUGAUGCUGUUCUUGACUUACUUGUUGCUAGGUGCUUCCAUCUUCUAUCAUAUCGAGAGUCAGCUAGAGAUGAAACGCAUCGCAGAAGCGAAACGCGAACGCAUAGAGAUCAACGCUUUACUUCACGCACAUUACGUACCCAGCAUUAGUCACGAUCACGAUGAAAUUCUUGGAAAACUGACGCGGUAUUGUGGAAAAUCAGUAUACAAUUAUACCGAAAGCGAGACGGAUCCCGCGAAAUGGGAUUUUUACAACAGCUUUUACUUCGCUUACACCGUUGUCAGCACAAUAGGUUACGGGAACUUGGCUCCGACGAACAUGCUCAGUCGCAUCCUGAUGAUACUGUACGGCCUGAUAGGCAUACCUAUGAAUGGAAUUUUGUUAACGCAACUGGGAGAAUUUUUCGGACAUGUAUUUGUGAACGCGCAUCAGAAAUAUAAAUCGUACAAACACGGCCGUAACGAUUACUACCCCGGAAAAUUGACAACGUUCGAAACGGGAAAAGUUGGAUUGGCCGCACAGAUAUUCGUUCAUCUGAUGCCAGGCUUCGUCAUGUUCAUUUUUUUCCCGGCAUUUCUGUUCUCUCACUACGAGGGUUGGAGUUACGACGAAGCCGUUUACUACGCAUUCGUCACAUUGACCACUAUAGGUUUCGGAGAUUACGUGGCAGGACAGGACAAUAGUAAGGGUAACGGAUUUUUCUUCAUGUUGUAUAAAACCUUCUUGAUCUGUUGGAUCUCCUUUGGAUUGGGAUAUACCGUCAUGAUCAUGACUUUUAUCGCUCGAGGUAUGCGUAGUAAAAAGAUCACUAGAAUCGAACAUAAACUGGCCAUGAAUUUGAAGCAUACGCAAAGUAAAAUCUGGAGUGAAUUCAACAAGGAGAUGAACUACCUGCGACGUGUUUUCAACGAGCUUCAACUCUCUAAAGUGAAGAGGGUGUACGUCGACGAAUGUUACUGCGAGAUACCACCCUCCAAGUUUCCCCGAAGUAACAGUUUUCCCGACCUUCGGGAUCUGUCGUACGGCUCGAAAGAGAAAGACUUUGUACAAUUUUACAGACCUCGACGUCGCGCCAACAGCGAGGUGGUACCAACGGAACAAGAUGAACUGACGCGCGUCGUAUCUGAGACGGAUCUUCAAAGAAUCGAUAAAACGGCAACAUUCGCGACACACGCGAUGGUUCAACCGGCAGAAUUAUUGGCGCGAUUGGUCAACAUUCUUGGCUACAUACCCCCAGCUACCGAAGACGAGAUCGAAGGAGGCGAUGCUUCGAGUCAGACAACAUUCGUCGGUGGUGCUCGUAACGGAAUAAUCCAAGAGGACGGUGAGAGCAAAGAGGGAAAAGAAUACGCAGCUUGGAGAAUCGGCCACGAGAAGAUCCCGCCGCCGCGACGACGUUUCUCGAGACCACGUUCUAGGGCGGCUAGUGAAAUUCGAUUGUACGAGAGGAGAAACGAGGAUCGGAACAUCGAACGGACUUGGUCCGGGCCAACGGCAGCUAGAAAAAUUCAAGAACUGACGAGAGCGCGAGCUAUGGAAUCCUCGUGGAGCAGCAAAGAGCGGCGUGGUGGCGUUAAAGAAACGAAAUUUUCGAAACUUGGUAACUUUACGUUCGCAAAGUCCGUUGUUUCAAAGGCGUUCGUCUCGUCCGGGCCUUGGAAAAGUCGUUUCUCAACGAGUUCGUUGAGGAAGAGGAGGAGCAGGAGGAGUUCGGAAUUCGAACAGGAGGUUAACGGGAAGAACGAGGUCGGACCACCGGCGACGACGUCUAUCGACGACAGACGGAACGACUUGGACAACUCGACAACUUUCAAUCAACGCAACCACUAUUAUUACACGCAUACCGGUGGUGGUGCUGCAGCUAAUAAUUUCAGUACAGAUGGUACCAACAAUUUGCUCGAGGAAACGAGCGUAGCCGAUUUUUUGAGGGCUCUCACGGUUCUUCACGCGAGCGUUGCUUCAGCUGCUGAUAACGAUAACGGCGGCGGCGGCAGCUUCAACGACGAUCAGCUUCGGAAAAAUCAACCUCGAAGGAAAAUGGGCACCGCUUCUCUCACACCGCCGAAACUUCCGAGUUUGUUCACGUUAUUUUCACCUUCUCCGCCUGUAUCGUCGACCACCCAAAGUAACCAGAACACCAUCACCGGGUACGAGAAUAAGCCACCAUGGCCUCAAACUCGUCGAGAGUCGUCGAGAAGGGGCAGUUUGGCCUUCGUCACACCUACCGUAGUCAAAUCGCGAAGGUUCUCUUUAAGACCUGUCGCCACGCCCGUUAGUCCUCCGACACCUCCGCCGAACAACGGAUCGCCAUUCCUAUCGGAAUCACGGCGGACACCGUACGAAAGUAAGUCGACGUUCUUGUUCGAAUCACCGAGAGAACCUCUUAUUCGAACCGAAGGAACGCCGGGUCUUUCCUCACCGAUAAAACAACAACUCUCACCGUCGGGUGGUGGUGGUGGUGGUGGUGGUGGUCGUCGUCGUCGUCGUUUCUCCCUACGACCCGCUCAUCAAAAUCAAAGCCUGGUUUCAACGACGGGAGCAACUGGUAACACCGUUACUACUACACUCAGAACCAUACCUCGGUGGAAGGCCGGCAUGUUGCAGCGACAAAUCGGUGAAAUGAAUCUUCGACGUCGUGUCAGAGCUUUCAGUUUGAGCGAUGUUCACGCGGAGGACAUUAAAGAGAGUAUUUAUGAAAAAAGUCUACGUCGCGAUACUAUUUGUAAGAACGUUUCUCUGCACGGAAGCUCCAACGACGAUGCCAAUACCGUCGAAAGUUCGUCGGAUCGUGAAUUUACAACUUCGAACGAUCCAGAAGAUCGACACUCGCCAUCUACGAACUUUCAUCGAUUCGAGAAAAUCGAUUCGCGUUCACAGUUAGGCGGCGACGAAAUCACGCCGGAAUCGCAGCAAUCGUUGAUCGAGGUCAAAAUUGAAAAUCCCGUCUCAACAACAAUAAAUACCAUUCGGAAUCCCUUCGCGAUAAUUACAACAGACAUAAUAUCUUCAGACAAUUCCACCGAUCUCACCGAACUGAAAAUUGAAAAGCACCAAUCAAAUUCGUCUACGAGUAAAUCGUGAUACACGAUU